AUUCGGGAUUCGGCCAUUCCUAAAUCCCAAUUUUCCUCUUCCACUCUUCCCUCUUCCCUUCCCAGGUUCGCACUUCGCAAGUCGCAACGUCGCCGGCAGCUGGCACUUCCUCACAGCCUCACUCCCAGUCCCAGUUCCCUUCAGCUUCAGCUUCAGCUUCAACUUCAUCUUCCCUUCCCAGUUCCCUUCCCACUUCGCAGUUCGCACACAGUCGGCGACGGCGACUUCAAACCUCCUGUUCCAGAUCGGCAGAUCCAGUCUUUCCCUUCGGACUUCGGCUUCCACCUUCCCAACUUCGCAGCUCGCACUCUCGCAGACUCGCAGUACUCCUUCGGACCUUCCGUCCUUCAGAGAGGCGAGGAGGCCAGCGCCUCAUUCCACGUGGGGCGAGGCAACCUGCAAGAGGCACAAUGAGGCGCGAUGAGGGGAGGAGGGGCAACAGGCGUAGUCAGGCGUGCCUUGUAAAUUUUGAGUCUUUUAAAUGAAAGAAAUAGCCAGAGCCAGAGCCCUCAUUCGACUCGAACAAGCCCUAGCCCUAGCCCUCUUCGACUCUUUGAAGUCCCACGACCCUUCACGAGUUCGUCUUAACAUUCGAACCAGCAGGAGCCUUCGAACCAGUAGCGUGAGUUUGUCUGUGAGCCUUCGAACUAGCCAGAAGCCUUCACGAGCUCGAAGACCCUUUGCGACUUUGUCUUCCACAUUUCGAACUAGCAGGAGCAUUCACGAGUUCGUGACGUUUGUUUGGGAGCCUUCGAACCAAUCGUGAGUUUGUCACGUCGUCGAGCCUUCAAACCUUCUUGGUCAUGGCUUUGAGUCCAAGGAAACAACCUCUCUGCAUAAAAGUAGAAGAAAGGCUGCGUACACUGUGAUGACCCUUCCCUUACCCUCGCAAAGCAGUGAGCCUUUAUGGCCCAGGGACACCCUUUUUUUUUAAUCAUCAUAUCUCUUUGUCUCUCUCUCUUUGCUGUUUGAGCUUUGACCAUAAGUGGAUGAAGCUAAAUGCACAGCGAAAUAUUCCCUUUGUUGCGCUAAUCAACAAUAACCGAGGCAAUGAAACUUUCUCUGUUCAAACUAGAUAUUGAUGAGCUUAUCGAUGAGUUUGCAAAGUGUGAAUCAACAAGUUUGGCUGAGAUGAAGAGACUAUGGCUUUCUAGAAAGUUCUCCUUCAUCUAUGAGGCUAGGCCUUCUAACAACUUGGGUUUCUUUAUGCAAUCAUUGUACUCCUAUUCGAUUGGUCACAUGUUUGCCACUGCUUCUUUAUCAUGUAGAUUGGGUGGGCUCUAUUGCCUUUACUGCCUCUACGAGACUCAACCAUUCAAACCUCCGUUCAGAAUAUAUCUGUCUCUUGGAGAGAUGAAGAAACUCAAAGACCUAGUUGUUGAUGCAAAAGAAAAUGGUAUAAACGUAGUAUCGGCUUUGGUAGAAAGGAUGCUAGAGAGGAACAUGUUCCUUUUUGGGUUUGUGGACACGAAUGAAGGCUGUGCUGCCGAGAGGUUAAAUGAACUCACAGACAUACAGAAUGCCCAAGUUCAAGUUGCUUAUAAGAAGUUACUGGCAAAUAAUCGGAUUGAGCACUUCCUCCACCUUGACCUGGGCAUGGAACUUGACCUGGAAGGACUCAAGAAAAUGUCAACAGCAUAUGCAAAGACGAAGGAACUUGCCAUCAAAGAGGCUAGCAAAUUGGGAGAUGUCCAGAACAUAAAGCACAUUUCAGAAAAUAUGACUUUGAUCGGUGAUGUGAUGGAGAAGAUUUCCGAGGAUUGGAAUGCGGAAAAAGAGAUGUUCUAUCAACAAACAGGAUUUAAUCAGCAGUGUCAUGAUGAAGAUCAAGAGCAGCAGCAGGAGGAUGAUGAAGACCUUCAUGAACUGAAUCAACUAUUAUGGGAAGCAUAGUUGCCAAGUCUUACAGUUCAUGACGCAGGCCUUUUAACAGUUGCUAAUUACAGACAAUGCGGACAGGGGUAUAGAAGCACCACCUCCUGAUUUUGAAGUUGAUACUGAAUUUCUUGUGUAUUUUUCAGUUGUUCAUAGAGAUAUCAUCAAAGGUGUAAUUAUUUAUGGUGUUAGCUCUUUUUUAUUUAUUUAAUUUUUCCUUUUUGAGGUUGGUGGUGGGGAUUAUUGGCCAGCAAGUUGGGAUUGUGAAGCUUGUAAAAUGAGCUUUGCAUUGAGAAAAACACGUUUCUUUGGAAAAAGAACUUAGCCUACGCCAUUGUUAUGGUGCA